ACGCCACAAGAACAACAUCCCUGCUCAAUAAGCAUCCAGGUUUCUCACAGGCUGGAAUUAGUUUAUUUGUGCCUUUAUUGCCAGACGCGGGGACAAUGGGCUUGAACAAAAUCUACAAUCGGCUUCACACCUUGUUAACGCCGCCAUUAGUCUCCCUUUACAUUCGCUGAUUGGCGAUUUACAUUUGCGACUGAACAGCAUCUUUACUGCUGUUUGCCGAGGCUUCGGGGGCACUCCGGAGCGAAUGGGGAGCAUUUGAUAUAAAACGUCGCGCUUCCAGCAGCCUGCAGUCACUCGUACUCCAAGUCGCCGUCCGGGGUUUGUGUGCUCCGAGGACACCCGACGCACGACAGGGAUCUGCACCCGAGGCUCUCAGACGAUGAUGCUCCUGCUCCUCACCCUCGCCGCCGUGGCGCGCGGCGCCGCGGCGCGGCCUCCGCUCGGCGACCUGGAGAGUCACUUCACCGCCGAGACGGAGUCGGAGGAAGUGCGCUCGGCUGCCAUCAAGAGACUUUUGGAGGUUUUUGGGAUGGAGGACCCCCCCGCUGUCCAUGGACACAAACAGGCCCCUCAGUACAUGCUCGAUUUGUACAACACGGUCGCGGAUGUCGACGGUGUCACCAAAGACCCGUACCUGCUGGAGGGGAAUACUGUGCGCAGUUUCUUUGACAAAUUGCACAGUGAACAGGUGGAGUUCAGGUUCAACUUGUCCUCGGUCGCUAGAAGUGAGAAGGUUCUCACUGCCGAGCUCCAUCUCUUCAAGCUGCGACCUCAGUCAACGCUGGCGUUCAACAGACACCAUUUCUGCCAGGUCAGUAUUUAUCAACUGCUGGACACCAGCAGGAACAACAAAACGCAGGGCAGGAAGCUGCUGUCUUCUCGACUCAUCCCGGUCCACUCCACCGGUUGGGAAGUGUUCACCAUCACACAAGCAGUGCGAUCCUGGAUGGUAGAUGAAGACAGCAACCUGGGGCUCCACGUGGUGGUUCGGACCCUGGGGGGAAGCACGAUGGACAUGAAGAUGAUCCGCUUCGCCUCGGGACGCACCCACCACCAGAGCAAACAGCCCAUGUUGGUGCUCUUCACCGACGACGGCCGCCGCGCCACCACUCUGGAAAGCUUGGACCCAAAUGACACCACAGACACAGAAACUUCCAACUUGCCCCAAACCCCGAUGUCAGGUCCAUCCUCCCGCACCGCCCGCUCCCUGGACUACACCGAGGAGGAAACGGCGUCUCUGCCCUGUCAGCGCCAGCCCCUCUACGUGGACUUCGAGGAGAUCGGCUGGUCGGGCUGGAUCGUGUCUCCCCGCGGCUACAACGCGUACCACUGCAAAGGCUCCUGCCCCUUCCCUCUGGGUCAGAACAUGAGGCCCACCAACCACGCCACCGUCCAGUCCAUAAUCAACGCCCUGAAGCUGAUCAGAGGCAUUGAGACGCCGUGCUGCGUGCCCGACAAGCUCUUCUCCAUCAACCUGCUGUACUUCGACGACGAUGAGAAUGUGGUGCUGAAACAGUAUAACGACAUGGUGGCUGGAAGUUGUGGCUGCCACUGACAUCGACCAGUCAGUGCUGUCGGGCUGCACAGAUAUUUAUAAAAAAAUACAAUGUAAAUAUAGCUCUCAUGCAUGAACAGCCAAAUGUGGCGUUGUAAUAUAUGUACAUAUCUAUAAAUUAUAAUAUAUGCCAGCGAUGGAAGGGAUAACCUGUAGAAGUUGUGAACGUCAAUCUUAUUUUUUCUGUUGUGAAAUGCUGCAGUCACAAUAAAUUAUGUAAAAAAAAGAAACGAUUAUAAAUCAUAACAUUAUUUCAAGUGGGUCUAAACUGAGGUGUAAUUGAUUGUUUAAGUGAUGCAGUAUUUGCACAAAAAUGGUCCGUUGGAGGAAUGCUUGUAAAGUUGUCAAAUGAGUACAGGUUUGCUGAAACAAGCAGAGAAGCAGUAGAUUGGUCCUUUGCACCUGAUCAGAUCCACAAAGGCAUCCAGUCUGCACAGCUCCCUCCUCACCAGCAGAGGAGGCUGAGGCACAAACAGCAGAGUUCCCUGGCUUGAUGA